AUGGACCUCAGCGGCCUGGUGCGAGCCCUGAGGCUGGAGGAGCCGCCGGACGGGGCGCAGCCACCCCCAGCUCUCCCGCCGGCCGAGCAGGUCCUUCUCCAGAUCGGGCAGCGCCUCUCCGAGGGGGGCGGCCGUACCCCCAAGGCCGCCCUGGUGAGAGACCUGGCUGCGGUGGUGGAGGCUGCCGACUGCCGGUGGCUUUUGGGAGGCCUGAGCCCUGCGGCGGCGGGUGGGUUGGUGGCCGCGCUGAACGGCUACGCGGCGCCCCCGAAGCAUGAGCAAGACGCUGCGGAUCUCCCCUCUAAGGACAGCGCGUACGCCGCUGCGGCUGAGAGAGCAGCAGAUGUUGGGUCGGUGUUUUUACAUCUCCUUGCGAAGCUGGAAGCUGCCAGGAGCCAGGAGGCUCUGGGUGUCCCCGUGGUGGGCCCGAUCCUAGGCCGUGUGAUGGGACCCAUCUACAUCUUUGCUGCGACGCACGUUGUGGAGAGGCCCUGGACGAACGUGAGGUCUCAGGCGGCGGCAGAGGAGCUGCUGGUGUUGCUGGCCGCCCUGGUGAGAGACCUGGCUGCGGUGGUGGAGGCUGCCGACUGCCGGUGGCUUUUGGGAGGCCUGAGCCCUGCGGCGGCGGGUGGGUUGGUGGCCGCGCUGAACGGCUACGCGGCGCCCCCGAAGCAUGAGCAAGACGCUGCGGAUCUCCCCUCUAAGGACAGCGCGUACGCCGCUGCGGCUGAGAGAGCAGCAGAUGUUGGGCCGUGUGAUGGGACCCAUCUACAUCUUUGCUGCGACGCACGUUGUGGAGAGGCCCUCCUCAGCGGCCUGGUGCGAGCCCUGAGGCUGGAGGAGCCGCCGGACGGGGCGCAGCCACCCCCAGCUCUCCCGCCGGCCGAGCAGGUCCUCCUCCAGAUCGGGCAGCGCCUCUCCGAGGGGGGCGGCCGUGCCCCUAAGGCCGCCCUGGUGAGAGACCUGGCUGCGCUGGUGGAGGCUGCCGACUGCGGCUGGCUCCUGGGAGGCCUGAGCCCUGCGGCAGCGGGUGAGUUGGUGGCCGCGCUGAACGGCUACGCGGCGCCCCCGAAGCAUGAGCAAGACGCUGCGGAUCUCCCCUCUAAGGACAGCGCGUACGCCGCUGCGGCUGAGAGAGCAGCCGAUGUUGGGUCGGUGUUUUUACAUCUCCUCGCGAAGCUGGAAGCUGCCAGGACCCAGGAGGCUCUGGGUGUCCCCGUGGUGGGCCCGAUCCUGGGCCGUGUGAUAGGACCCAUCUACAUCUUUGCUGCGACACACGUUGUGGAGAGGCCCUGGACGAACGCGAGGUCUCAAGCGGCGGCAGAGGAGCUGCUGGUGGUGCUGGUUCGGGCCGCAGGCUGCGGGUCGGUGGCUGAAUUCCUUCGGGGAAAGAAUGAAGAUGAGGAAGGCAGAUUUGCAGCAGUGAUGGGGCUCCUGAAACAGGAGCUAAACAAAGACACUUGGAAGUGUAACCCUGCCACAAAGUUUGUGUUCUCCUGGACGCUGCCUCACGUCACCCGGCCCUGGCUUAGCCAUUACCUGGAGCGUGUCCUCCCGCCGUCGCUGCUCAUCUCGGACGACUACCAGGAGGAGAAUAAAAUCCUGGGUGUGCGCUGCCUGCAUCACAUCGUCCUCAACGUGCCAGCUGCUGAUCUGUGCCAGUUCAACCGGGCUCAGGUUGUGUACCAUGCCCUCUACAACCACCUCUACUCGCGAGAGGCCCCUCUCAUCCAGGCAGUAUUGCUGUGCCUGCUGGACUUGCUGCCCAUCCUGGAGAGAGCCCAGCGGCAGCAGAAGGGGGCCAGACCCACCGCCCCCUGGGAUGAGGUGCUGCAGCUGGUUCUGACCCACAUGGAGGCAGAGCAUCGCCUCGCACUGCGGCGGGUGUACGCCAGGGCCCUGCCUGCCUUCGUGCAGAGGCUUGGCAUCCUGAUAGCACGGCACCUGAAGAGGCUGGAGCGAGUUAUCCUGGGAUAUCUGGAAGUCUGUGAUGGGCCUGAGGAAGAAGCCAGACUGGGAAUACUGGAGACACUGCAAUGCACCAUCGAGCACGCUUGGCCCAGGAUGCCGUGCAGGCUCCCUGUGCUCCUCCCAGCCCUGCUGAAGAUGAUCUGGGACGUACACACCCACCAGGGUUCAACACCAGAGCUGGUGAAAGCCUCCUUGCUGCAGGGGGCCACCCAGUGCCUCAUCCUGCUGGAUCGCUGCUCCGAGGGGCGAGUGAAGGUCCUGCUGGCAGGGGUGUACAGCAGCUGUGAGGAGAGCCGCGUACGGGAAUGCAUCAGAAAAGUGCAAGAGAACACGUGAGGGGAGGCUGAUGGAUGCUCACCCUGCUUUUUGUACAGUAAAAUUUAUUUUUUUAUUAAAAGUUACUGUCUUUCUCA